GCUUCGCACAUGUCCGCGCAUGGCGGAGCAGUGCAGUGGAGAAAGCGUGCUCCAACAAUCCCUUUUGGCAGUGCCUUUAGAAAUAAAUCUUCUACACGGUGAAUGUCCUCUGACCUUCCGACGUCGCGUUGAGUGUAUUUCAAACACCUUACCUAGAAAAAUCAAGGAGGAGGCCGCCGUAGGUUCGCAACGAUGGGCCUGACUGCAUCGCACCCGAGAGAAGUAACUGGGCCUCUAGGGUCGGCGACUGUCCACACCCGCUCUGAAUCACCUGAGCAGCACCAGCAGUCACCACCGUCUGAAUGCACCAUGCACGGUCUCUGUGACGAGAUCACAGGCCAGUCUGCAAAGGACAAGCCGCUGCAGCAGCCUUACCGUAGCGAGUGCCCAAUGAAUGCAGCAGCCUCCGGUGAAGACAUCAACCCAGCCAACAUGAUGCCAAGCCCAAACCAGCAGCCAGCGGCGGACCAGCCAUUCCCGCUGCCAACUGAGCGACAGCGGUCACGCAUCCCCAAGGCUGGUGCAGCGGAGGGCGAGACGUGGGAGUACCCAUCGCAACAGAUGUUCUGGAACGCCAUGCUGCGCAAGGGCUGGAGGUGGCGCGAGGCUGAUCUGAAACCCGAGGACAUGGCACACAUCAUCCGUAUCCACAAUGCCAACAACGACCACGCCUGGGAGGAAGUCCUCAAGUGGGAGGCACUUCACGCAAAGGAGUGUUGCACACCCCGACUCAAGAGGUUUGGAGGCAAGGCCACCGACUACUCACCUCGGGCUCGAAUACGUAGCUGGCUUGGGUACGAGCUUCCAUUUGACAGACACGACUGGAUCGUUGACCGUUGUGGCAAAGAAGUCCGCUACGUCAUUGACUACUAUGAUGGUGGGCCAGUGAACGCGGAAUCGAGUCGCUUUGCGCUCCUUGAUGUUCGACCCGCUUUCGACUCCUUCGAGAAUGUCUGGGACCGCAUGAAGGUUGCGUGGUGGCGAUGGACGAUAGCAAGCAAGCAGGAAUCCAGCUCUGAGAUGGCUGCAAGCCAACGAGAUGCUGCGACUAGCCAAUAGGACUGCCGGUGUAGAAUCUACAGCAAUCUUGUGUAGCCACAUAUGUUGGAGGUAGGCGUGCAUGUAGCUGUGGGUGUGCAGUGAAACUUCUAUUUACUUGGAAUUCGCAACAUGUUCUAAUAAGCACACCUACUUGAAUUAUGCGGUUGAUGUAGACAAGCAUCAAGUAGACCUUAUUGCGUCUCUUAUUGGUUUGUGCUGCAGAAACUAGCAUGUCCAGUAUUCACUAAUGCAUGCUAUCUGUGUGCUGGUUAUUCUGUGCAAAUCAUGAUCCACGUCAAAAAUUUUCCAUGCCUUUGCUAUAUUGUUUCUACGUCUAGCUGGUCUCUCUGAUUGAAGUGCCCAGAGUGAGCCUUGGAUUGCAAGCUGACUUUGUGACAAUCACUUUGCUGAAAAGUGGAAAACAGGUGUGGCUGCCAGUUAAGAUAAUAAACAGGGCAGGAUAGGAUAACCAUCUUGACGAAACUUACCGGUGUAAAAUAAUGUGGGUGGAGGCUGGGCUGUGACGCAUCAUGCUUGAAAGACAAAGGACUGGUAGGCAAGUGUUCAGACAUAGAAGCAGGCAGGACAUUCGCUCGCCUUGUGUGUUGCUCUAGCUUUGAACCGUUCUUCUGACGCUUAGCUUCAAUGUUGAGGCUGUUGAUGGCUAUUCAGCUAACCGCUUCUUCGCGUACGCCUAUUUAGUGCAGCACAUUCUGCGUUGUUCUUCCCAGAAACUUUCACAUUGCACUUGUGUUACUUUGCUGGUGUGAUGUGGGAGGUGUCUUGGCGAGACUCAGACCACAAGCCAUAGCAUGUCAUGUCUGGAACACGCAUAAGCAGAAGACAGAGACAAACAAGGACAGGGCAUUCCCCGCCUAAAGGACACUUUACACAGACAGUUGGGCGCAUGUGCAUCGUACAGAUGAAUGCCAUGUUAUGGUCACAACAUUAAUGCCACAAAUGCAGAUUCAGUGGCAUACGAGGAGACUCGAGUGUGACUGAUAGUUUUCACCGUACUUCUUGACAUCAUAUGCUUUCAAGUUCUGUCUUGAUUGAUUUUCUCCCGGUAGCACUAUUGCUACCCACAGUUCUACCAUCCCCAAUUUCCGCUCCCACGUGCCGUCACAACCACACGUUACCAAUUGGGCGCUGUCAGUCUCUUAAGUUUUGCGUUCGCUCCCUUACUUGGUCCCUCAUGCAACACGACAUCAAGCCACACCGCCAAGCAAUGACAUGUCGCUUUCUGGCUGAUCUGAUUUGUUUGGUGUUAAACCACCAACUUGUCCUACAAUUUUGUGAGAACGUGAGCGACGCCUGUUGCAGCACUCUAAAUGCCUUGCAAUAAUGGGCAGAGAGUAAGGCGCCUGUGCUGAGCAGCAGUUACUAUGUGUUGUGCUGUGGUGCACAUUCUGCACUGGGGCAGUUCUGAAGCAGGUGAAAUUGGCAGCACCAGUGCUGCCGAAAAAGUCCCUGCUAUCUGAAAACAUUGCAUUGCCCCUCAAUUCUUACUAUUCAAAGUUUUCUGCUUGUCUGCCGUGCCUGGACAUGAAUCAUGCUUAAUAAAUUGUGUAUUUAUCCCAUAGGAGGCGUAUCUUUGAGGCAAAUUUUACAAAUAUGUGUGCACUGUACUCCCCCUACCAUGUUAUGCCUGCGCAAUUUUUACGAAUUUCAAAGUUCACAGGUUGGCAAAAGUUUUUUGAGCAUCAUGUUAAAUGAAAGAAGUAAUAACCUUCUCACCACAAACACAUGCACCUGGUUAGUUAAAAAGGGAGCAUACAUACCUUUCCUGACUACCGGUAUUUUUUUUAUCGCACGACACCAACAACUUUUUACAUUAAUUCGUUGUUAAAGGUGCACUGCCUGCUGCCCCAUGUGUCUGUUGCGACGUGAUCCUAAAUUUAAAGGCUGAGUAGUGAAGCCACAAGGACAUUUUAGUUCAUCUCAACCUCCAUACUCCAAAAAACUUUUGCAUUUGCCUCUGCGGUUGCCUUAAAUGGUGGUGCAUUCUGAAGGCGGCAUGCCCUGCUGCAAAGAAGGUUAUGAGAAGACCGUUAAUCAAGAAUGAGAGCCCACUUUUUUUAUUCCCCCAUUGUAAACACCUUUAGUGCAUACGUUUGGUAAACGCCUUUAGUGCAGUUUUACCUGAUGAUGCCAUUGUGACAGUGCAAUGAAGUGCAUUGGCAUUGUGCACUUUGGUUCAAAGAUCCCUUGUCUAGGAUCUUUCUGUUAAAACUCAUUCAUUGUUGUGAUUUUUUUUGUGUAUGUGUGGUUUGCACCAGCGCAGAAACUAAUUGAAGCCUGUUUAAGGCAGUAGAAAUUGAUUAUUGUGGAAAGUUUGGCAACAUCUUGUGUGCCACAACUAAUUUCCUUGCAUAGCUUGUACUGUAGUUUAGCCAGAAUUGACAUCUUCUCGAUUUUAACUUGGGAGGGUGUAGAUACUUGGUAUUGCAGUGAUGGCUGCCGUACAUGCAAGGCAAUUACACCAGCUUCGCUGUUUUCCUGGCCUUAUCAAGAAGUACUAACUAUUGUUUAACAAAGCACAUCUCUCCACUUGCCAUUUCUCCGCCUAGCAUCCCUAAAUUUGUCUAUUGGCACCGUGAUAUUUUGUAUUGUAAAGUAUGUUGCCUUCUUUAGGCAUGUACUACAUUGGUAGGUGUUCAUAAUCUUGAAUUCUGAUGUGGUUCACUAUUCGACAGGUACUUCUAGUCAAUCAGGAGUGUGUUCUUGCUCAAUUCUGAAGCAUUAAAGAAACAGUUGUGUUCACUCAA